AGGUUAUUAGUUUUGCAUCGUUUUGGUGCACGUAGUUCGCAUUUUGCUUGUAUGUUCUGGCAUAUUUCCUCCAGCUUCUUUACUUAUAUCUGCUGCACAUUUGUAGGAUAGUUUUUAUCUGCUGGCAACCAGGCUUGUUCUACAAAGGAAGUAAGAUGGAAAAUAGUGGGUACUUGGCUGAUGUUGAUGCAGCGACAUCUCGUAGUUCAGCCAAAAGGGUGGCAGCUGUAGUUGGCAAAUUUAGUGAUGAGAAGAAACAACUAGUGCGUGAUAUAGGUUUUGGUGGAAUCCUGCAGAUGCCACAAAUAAACAAAACUCCAAGGAAAUUCACUGUCUGGCUGUUAAGCAAUGUCGACAUUUCAUCUAGGUCAAUAGUUGUUAAUGGACAGUGUAAGGUUAAGAUAACCGACAAGGCAAUCGAAAGAGUAUUAGGAAUACCUUGCGGGCCUAAGAAGCUAAUUGGAUUGGAAACAAAUGUUGUUGAAGAAAAAAAUGACUUUAUAAAACUUGCUAUUGGAUCUGUAAGCACAGAUGCAAUGGAAACAUGUGGGCUAAAGGUAGCAGAAGAUGUGCUGACUCUGGACUAUCCAAUUGGUAUGAACAAAGAACAGAAAGAUAGAUUCAAGGUUUCUUUCGUUGUUUUUGUUGUUGGACAUUUCCUUGUUGCGAAAACCAGAACCAAUCAUGGGAUAGAAGAAUUCUGGGGUUCUUUACUAGAUACAAGUUCAAUUCAUCUUCACAACUUUUGUUCACUUGUUAUCGAUGAGAUCAUGGUGUCGGCGAAAAGAGUUCAAGAUGAAUUAAGAAUGAAACACACAAUAAAGAAUGUUACGGGAUGUACACUUGGACUGCAGGUGUUAUACCUAGACAGCUUGGAUAUAAGUACAUUCGCACUACCUCCUGAUAAGUUGCCAAGGAUCGCUCUUUUUGACCUAGUGCUUCUUAAAAGGAUGAUAAAUGCAGAUCAGGAGAAUAAUAUAUCAUACUGCAACAGCGAUAGUUCAACUGCUGGUGGUACAAAUAACACAUCAACCAGCUGUGUCAAGUUAUUUGACUGCUUAUUUGAGAGGAUCGAUCCAACAAAAGGUAGGCUGAAGACGUAG